UAAGCAGUAUAGUGAUAAUGUAACCUAAAUAUUUUUGACCAGACUUUGUCUUUGUUUUAAUAUAAAUCGGUCUUAAAAUAUAAUUAAAUGUAUCGUAUUGUGAAGUUUCCUAGUUUCCGAAUUUCUCGACCCCAAACGAUUUCCACGAAAUUGUGUGCUUUUUGUAGAAUCAACGAUGUGACGGCAACCCAUAACCUUCAAUGUAAAACAACAAAUACUCAGUUUGCAAGGUACCAAAAUACUGACGCUGAUUUAAGAUGCAACAAAGAAAGGGUCAAGAGGAAACGUUUCCAAAAAAAUAAACGUUAUUUUACAGAACUUUUAGAAGUUUAUGGCGAUUGUUCAAAAGCUGUUGUCAGUGAAACCAGAGCAUCCGUAAGAAAACUAAAACCCGGUGAUGUUUCAAGAAUUGCAAAAAGUCCAGGUAUUGAGUUGGACCAUUUGCACAAAAUAAAAAAUAAACAUCUACCGGUACUCAAAGAUCAAGCAAAUGACAAAGGCAACAAUGCAAUGCCUAUUUGUAGUAUCCCACUUGGAUCGAUAAUUAAUUCAUCUGAUGAAAAUUUGAAUUCCAGUUUAAGUGUAUCCAUGAAAGCUCCUGAAGUUCCUACGGCAGGAACUGUUAUAACCCAAAAAAGAGAUGACUGUCAAAAAUAUCCCUCAAAAGAUGACUUGCCAAAAAAUCAAUCAACAAUUACCAAACAUGUUCAUAAAAAAAACGAUGUUGUUGUGAAGGAAUUAGAGAAGGAAUUGCAUGAACACCUUGAUUCUUUUAAUGAUCCCAUAGAAGUUGGUAGCCUCUCUGUACCUCCAUCGAACUUUGUUACACAAGACCUCGCAGAAGAAUAUGAUCACGAGCUUCAUAACGAGGAUCUGGAGAACAUAGGAUCUGAUACGCCUGAAAACUGCAUCCUGUCGUCAACUCUCAAGCAAGAAAAAAGGAAAAAACCUUCAUUGGCUGUUACCAAAGAAAAACUUGCCAAAGAGAAGUUUUCACUGCUCGAGAAAAAAGCAAGAGAGCAAGCAUUUAAUACUACUCUUCUCUCGUACUUGAAACUUUGUGUCAGCUGCAACUACUUAGCCCGAGGUCUGGCCACUCUCCAUUACUACAAGCAUCGCAGCCGGAUUUCUCAGAAACACCCAAAAAUCACAGACAUAAGGAUUUUUGAAGUUUUGAUGCAAGGGUUUGCGUCAAAGGCUUACUUCAACAAAUUGAAUGAGGUUUGGAACAUAUCCGUACAAUGUGGAUUGAAGCCGACUUUGAAUAUGUAUGCUAUUAAACUUGAGUGUGCCGCAAAAUCAGAGAAAUACAGAGAGCAUGUGCCAGAAAUCAUAGAAGCGCUACAAGAAAAGGGAUACCAGUUAAAUGACAUUUUUGUAAACUGCACCUUCCUUGGAAACCAGAGGGAAGUAAUAUUGAAAGCCAUUCAAGAAGUGGACCCUGGAUUUAAACCCGUCGUCCCUCCUCCCUCUAUCUGCUACUCGUGUGCGCUACUUCAGGACAUCAAUGAUCUACAGGGGAAGAAUCCACACCUUCAAUCACAAGUGGAGGGUAUGUUUAGCAAGGAGGACUUACAAUCAUUUGCAGAAGAACAGUUAAACAAUGAAUUUGCCCACAAAAUUAAAGUAAAAUCCAUUGAAAAAAGACUUGAAUCAGAAGAAAACUUGAAGGUUUAUCGAGAAAAACUAGAAACGAUGAGAACAUCAUGGGUGAAAGAUCUGAGGCAAGGUUUUGACAGAGAUUUUGCUGUUUUGGAAAUGGGUAAGAGAUCUCGACACAGCGUCAGUUUACUUCCCUACAUGAAAGUGCUACAUCGGGAUAGCUACGUGGAGAUAAUGUUGAAUGAAAUAACCCGUUUGGCAGAGGGAUCAGAAACCUUCAGUCCCUCUACUUACAUGCUGUACAGAGGUCUGGGGGAAGAAGUGAGAAAUAGAUACGUGUUCAAAUUUAAGAAAAACCAGGGGAUCAUUGAUAAGACAAAGUUGCUGUAUGACAAAUACCUCGAUUGGUAUUUAGACCCUUCAACAAGGAACGGCAGAAGUUUGAACGGUCGACAGGAGUGGCUACAACUGGUACAUGAACAUCAAAAAGGCCCCACGAUAUCCAUUGGCAAUGGCUUUUGGCCUAAUACUGCCUUGCUGGGGAUCGGAAAAUUCCUUUACAACAUCAUUGUGGGAGAUGUCAAAAUUGAUGUCAAUAUUCUCAACAAAAACAACAAAGAGCACAAGUUACCAGCCUUCUACAGAGUGUAUCGGCAUCAAGGAGUGAAGAAAGUGGAAGAAAUCAAACCUCACCCGGUGAUCUCUAAGCUGUUUCGGUCUGCUGCUGAGGAACACAUAAUGUUUGACAUAACUCAAGUGCCGAUGUUGUCACCACCACUGCCGUGGGUAAACCACAAGUUUGGAGGUUACCUUACAGCCAAGACUGACAUUAUCAGACUCCCGGGCCAAGCUCUGCAGCAAAGACAGAGGCUGAAGGAGGCGUCUGCACAACAGCUGUUUCCCCCCCUGGACUCUCUCAAUCAGCUCGGCUCCAUACCUUGGAGGGUUAACAAACCGGUGUUGGACACUGUGAUCGAGGUGUUCAACAAUGGAGGCUCCGCCAAGCUGGAAAUACCUGCUCCGUCUUACCUGUGCCCCGUGGCAGAGCCGAUCACAGCAGACAUGAAUAAACAGGAGAGGUAUGAGGCGUACAGACAUCGCAUCACCCUGCGAAGGCAACGGUCAGAGAUGUACAGUCUGUGGUGUGAUGCCUUGUAUAAACUAUCUCUGGCCAACCACUUUAGAGACAAGAUAUUCUGGUUGCCGCACAACAUGGAUUUCCGAGGGAGAGUGUACCCCGUGCCGCCCCACCUCAACCACCUCGGCGCUGACAUGUCUCGGUCUCUGUUGUGCUUCGCUCAGGGCAAACCACUGGGUCCGCAGGGUCUGGACUGGCUCAAGAUUCACCUAGUAAACCUUCUUGGGACCAAAAAGCGAGAGUCAAUCCAGGCUAGACUGGAAUACGCAGAAACUCUGAUGCCAGAAAUACUAGACUCGGCCGACAAACCUUUGACUGGCAGCAAGUGGUGGAUGGAGUCAGAAUGUCCGUGGCAAACUCUCGCUAGUUGUUUAGACAUCGCUGCGGCCGUGCGUCACCCAGAAGGUCCGCAGCAUUACGUCAGUCACUUCCCUGUACACCAGGACGGCAGCUGCAAUGGUCUGCAGCACUACGCAGCCCUGGGCCGGGACGAGGCUGGCGCCUGCAGUGUCAACCUCAUGCCUCAGGAGCUACCUCAGGACGUGUACGGCUGCGUAGCUGCCUUGGUAGAGCGGGAGAGAGCGAAGGACGCUGCAGCAGGGGUAGUUGUGGCCAAGGAGUUGGAUGGUUUCGUCCGUCGGAAAGUCAUCAAACAAACUGUUAUGACAACGGUUUACGGAGUAACUCGUUUUGGAGCAAGACUUCAAAUCGCUAAGCAACUUAAAGAUAUUGAAUCAUUUCCCAAGGCCUUUGUGUGGCCUGCUUCUACUUACUUAGUCAUCAAGACGUUUGAAAGUCUCAGGGAAAUGUUCAAUUCUACGAGGGAAAUACAGGACUGGUUCACAGAGUGUGCCAGGCUAGUUUCCCAGAUCUGUGGUCAGAACAUGGAGUAUGUAACACCUCUAGGACUGCCUGUAGUGCAAUACUACACUAGACACACUAAGAUACAUGACAUGGGUGUCAACAAGUUUGGACAUCUGCAGGAAUACUUUCCUAUCGACAUGUUUGAACGUCCAAACGUGAUGAAACAAAAGAAUGCUUUUCCACCCAACUUCAUCCACUCGCUGGACUCCUGUCAUAUGAUGCUGACGUCAAUAUUCAGUGAGCAGAGAGGGAUAACGUUCGUCUCCGUCCACGACUGCUACUGGACACACGCAAGCACUGUCAACGUGAUGAAUAGGAUAUGUCGGGAACAGUUUGUCGCUCUUCAUUCCGAGCCGAUACUGGAAGAACUCUCCGAGUUUAUGCUCAACAAGUAUGGCUAUGACCAAAGAGAGAGAAAUGAACCAAACAACCCAUCAUCGCAGACCAAGCAGAAACUUCAUGAUGUUUUAGCUCAGGUGCCUCAGAAAGGAACUUUUGUCCUGGAAAAUGUCUUGGAUUCUAUUUACUUCUUUAGUUAAAUCUGUGAUAAAAUAGGUAGUUUAAAUCUUUAAGUCGUAGUGCAAUACCAAUUUGUUGGAUCACUUUACUACACUACAAAAUUGUUUUUCUCUGAGGAUUCAAACAUAACAAAAGUUGGGAUUAUAGUUACAGUAUUGAUUGUUAUAACUAAUUGAUGGUUUUCAGUGAUCUCAGUUAUUUAAGUUUAGGUAUUUUGCAGAAUUUCAUCACUUGGCAUAUUUUAAGUACAUUUGAGAAAUUAAUAGAAAACAUUUGGGCUGCCCUUUAUGUUUGUGUUGCGGAUGUAAUCGUUUCAAAAACAAAUAAACAACAACUCACUUAUCUUAGAUGAAAUUAACUUCAAAAUUUGCUACGAGAAGAAUGUUAAAAGCUUACUAGAAUCAUACUUUGGUUCUAAAUUUAACACAAAUUGUUCAGCGUAAGCAAUGAAAAAAUUGAUCUAAUUUUAAACUUUCCAAAAUCAAUGUUGUUAGAAUAUUUUAGUAUACUAAAUUACUGAAGCGGUGCCUACUUUUUUAUGUUAAGUUACCAUAAAUGUGAAAUGUUUCUGAUUCUAGUCACUUAAUUUGUUCUAAAAUAAAUGCUGAUAAUCUCUUCUGCAGACCAAAUGGACAUUAAGACUUUCCCAAUGUACAUUACAUAUGUAAAUGGCCGUUAGGACAUUUAUUUGCAUUGUUCUUUAGUUAUUUUCCAUGUCAUACCUUAUGGUAAGAUCUUUUCCUGCAAUGUAUGAUAGAUUCUUCUUAUGAUUCUGUAUGGUGUAGUAAUGAAAGGUAAUAGUUUAAUGUACUUUGACAGAAGCUGAUAGUUUGAUAGUUAUGGGCACCUUUAAUUGUUAUUUUUCAAUAGAGACUAUAGUCUAUUAAUUUUAAUAUUUAGUAAUUUAAGUCAAUCCUGCAAGGGCAAAACUAAACAUUUUGUCAGUGUUUGGAAUAUUUCUGUGCUAUCAUUAGAUGUGUUUUUUUUUUCAAUUUCGUUCCAAAUCAUAGCUGGGAAUAUCAUUUUAAUUUUAUUCAUAAUAUGUGACUAACUUUUACAAUACUUUAUGUAUUAUACAUACCUACAUACAGCAUACUUAACUUUGUAAGUCACCCUUUCAUAAAAAAAUACCAAAUUGUUUUUCGAAAAACACAUUAAAGAAGAAAAAGUUGUGUUACCUACUGUUGUGCCUUAUUGUUAACUGGUAUUUUUUACAGAUUUUUUAUUUAUCAGAAACAAUGUAUAGUACGCAAUAUGUGUGUUUCUUUUAUUACAAAUAAAAUGAUUAAAUUUGUUCUCUUGGUUUUUGAAUACGGUAUUGAGAAAUGAGUUUUCUUUUUGAACUUUUAAUGCAAAGAAAAUUUAUAAAAUCCAGCAAAUAAUUAUCAGUUAAUUAUAAUCACUACUUUAUUACUACUAAUUAUCCACAAUGUAGUUACUAAAGUACACUGCAUGUUCAAAGUUUUAGUUCAUUGCUUGUUGAUGCAUAACAUUAACACUCAUGCAUUAUACAUCUUGUAAAAUAUUAAAUUGUACAUAAUAUAGUAUUAAUAGUUUUUUUUAGUCACAUUAGCUUUAUAUUCUGUGUAAAUAUGAAAUAAAUUUGUUGUAAA